AUGCAGUCAUCCGUGGAUGUGCCUGAAGCUCUGUUGUCACCUUCCCUGUCCCCACAGGUGCCACAGGAUGAGUGGAGCGGCUUCUCACCUCUGGGGGGGAAGGAGGACGAUAUCCCAUGUCGACGCAUGCGCAGCGGCAGCUACGUGAAGGCUAUGGCAGAGGAUGAAGACAGCGGGGACUCAGAGGAAAGUCCUAAGCUGUGUCCAAAGAUCCAGGCCCAAGGUCGACGGGCCAGCUAUCUCAAAGCCACCCAGCCAUCACUGACUGAAAUGACCACUUUAAAGUAAGACUCCUCUCAUUAACUCGUUUUAAAGUAACUUUAACUUUAAAUGAAUUUAACUAGUUCUUAUGAUGUCGCAUUCUUUUGGGCAUGGGAUGUACCUAAUGAAAUGUUUACUGCAGUGGGAUAGAAGCAUAGCAUAAAGAAAUCAGACAACAGUGUUAGAAUGAGGUCCUCCGACCUCCAGCUUUAAUGGUACUUUGGACUCCCUUCAAGUGGUGCAGGGAUUUCUGCUGAUCAUUUGAUACCAUUAUAUAGAGAGGCUGCUCGUAGCCUUCAGUAUCACUCUGACAUAUCUGGGGCUUACAGCUCGCGUUUGUGAAUUCAGUAAAGCAGCAUCCAAGUCAAAAUACAACCCAGCCUGGUGCUUAUACAUUCCCCCUGCAUUCCUUUCCACUAAAUGAGUAAAGAGUAUUAAAGUUUCAAACACCAGGGGAAAUUAAUGGAAGGUUCUCCUAGUUUUACAUGAAGUGGCUACAGUGAGAAAUACCUGUGAAAAUGAACAUUUCAGUUAAUGAUCUUAAUUCUAGUCUUAUAGGUUCAUUGCAAUAUGCACAAUGAACAAAUAUGUCAAUCCCUGAGCAUCACAAACAUCUCUCAAUGCAAAUGUGAAAGGGAUCUUCGACAAACGUUUCACUAAAGGCAUUGGCUGAAGGACAACAUGAGUGAAAAACAUGGCUGACUGUGAUCUGUGUUCUAAACUAAAGGUCUGCAUGCUUCUUGGCCUUUGAUAGUGUACUUUGCCUCUCCUAGUUAUUUUGUUCCUGUUCUGAACUCCACAAGGUGCUAGAAACAGUUUGGCAGGCACUCGGGCUGCGUUUACACAGGCAGCCCAAUUCUGAUCUUUCUUUCACUAACUGGUCUUUUGACCAAUCAGAUCAUCUCUGAAAAAGAUCUGAUGUGAAAAUAUAUGAUGUGAUUGGUCAAAAGACCAAUUAGUGGAAAAAAAGAUCAGAAUUGGGCUGCCUGUGUUAACGCAUGGUGCAGCAUAUUGCUCCACUCACUGUGUGGAGUAUUGGUGUGAUAAUCUACCCUGAUAAAUCACCUUCCCAAUCAACAAGAAUAAGGUUGACUUAAUACUGUCAGGGUUGAGUGUAGAGGGAACGUGGAAUCACACGCAGGACACAGAGAUUCGAAACCAGAUGUCUUUAGUGAAGUCCGUAGUACAAGCCAACACGGCAACAGGCCAUAGGCGAAACAAACGCACACCGGACUGUCCAAAGUAAGUACGCACAACGUGCAGGACUCUCUAAGCAAAACGAAUACAGAGAGCACAAAACAGAGGACCAACAACAACACGUGACAUCGAACAAUUACACACAACACCUGACCAAACACAAGAGAACUAAAUAGGGUGCCUAAUGAACACUUAACAAUAAACAGGUGUAACAAACAGACAAAACCAAUCAAACAUGAAACAUCGAACGGUGGCAGCUAGUACUCCAGAGACGACGACCGCCGAAGCCUGCCCGAACAAGGAGAAGGAGCCGCCUCGGCCGAAACCGUGACAGUACCCCCCCCUUGACGCGUGGCUCCAGCCGUGCGCCGCCCCCGGCGACGACCAGGAGGACGCGGAGCAGGGCGCGUAGGAUGACCACGAUGGAACUCGGUCAGAAGAGACGGGUCUAGAAUGUCCCUCCUCGGCACCCAGCACCGCUCCUCCGGGCCGUACCCCUCCCACUCCACGAGAUAUUGGAGACCCCCCAUCCGGCGUCUCGAAUCUAGGAUGGCCCGAACAGUGUACGCCGGAGCCCCCUCGAUGUCCAACGGGGGCGGAGGAGUCUCUUCUAUCUCAAAGUCCUGGAGUGGACCAGCUACCACCGGCCUGAGGAGAGACACAUGGAACGAGGGGUUAAUAUUUUUGUAAUCAAUGGGCAGUUGUAACCUGUAACACACCUCGUUCAAUCUCCUCAGGACUUUAAAAGGCCCCACAAACCGCCGACCCAGCUUCCGGCAGGGCAGGCGGAGGGGCAGGUUUCUGGUUGAGAGCCAGACUCGAUCUCCAGGUGCGUACACUGGCCCCUCACUGCGGUGGAGGUCGGCGCUCAUUUUCUGUCGACGGAUGGCUCGCUGCAGAUGGACGUGUGCAGCGUUCCACGUCUCCUCCGAGCGCCGCACCCACUCAUCCACCGCAGGGGCCUCGAUCUGGCUCUCAUGCCAAGGUGCCAGAACCGGCUGGUACCCUAACACACACUGGAAAGGGGUUAGUUUAGUGGAGGAGUGGCGGAGAGAGUUCUGUGCCAUCUCGGCCCAGGGCACAUAUCUCGCCCACUCCUCCGGCCGGCCCUGGCAAUAUGACCUCAGAAACCUACCCACAUCCUGGUUGACACGUUCGACCUGCCCAUUACUCUCCGGGUGGUAACCCGAGGUAAGGCUCACCGAAACCCCCAACCGUUCCAUAAACGCUCUCCAGACUCUGGAGGUAAACUGGGGGCCUCGAUCAGACACUAUAUCCUCGGGUACCCCGUAAUGCCGGAAGACGUGAGAAAAUAGAGCCUCAGCGGUCUGUAGGGCAGUAGGAAGACCCGGCAUGGGAAGGAGACGACAGGCCUUCGAGAACCGAUCCACAACGUCCAGGAUGGUGGUAUUCCCCUGUGAGGAGGGAAGGUCGGUAACAAAAUCCACCGAGAGGUGAGACCAGGGUCGUUGUGGAACGGGCAGGGGUUGUAACUUACCCCUGGGCAAGUGUCUGGGCGCCUUACACUGGGCACACACUGAGCAGGAGGAGACAUAAAUCCUCACAUCCCUGGCUAACGUUGGCCACCAGUACUUAGUACUAAGGCAGUGCACCGUCCGGCCAAUACCUGGAUGUCCAGAGGAGGGUGACGUGUGAGCCCAAUAAAUAAGCCGAUCCCGGACCUCGAGCGGGACGUACGUCCGACCCACCGGACACUGUGGAGGGCUAGGGUCGGUGCGUAAUGCCCGCUCGAUCUCCGCAUCGACCUCCCAUACCACCGGUGCAACCAGACAAGACUUAGGUAGUAUGGGAGUGGGCUCCACGCACCUCUCCUCUGUGUCAUACCGCCGAGACAGGGCAUCUGCCUUCCCGUUCUGGGACCCAGGGAUGUAAGUGAUCUUAAACACGAACCGGGCUAGAAACAUAGUCCACCGAGCCUGGCGAGGAUUUAGUCUCCUAGCUGCCCGAAUGUAUUCCAGGUUACGGUGGUCAGUCAGAAUGAGAAAAGGGUGUUGAGCCCCCUCAAGCCAAUGCCUCCACACCUUUAGGGCCUGUACCACGGCUAACAGCUCCCUGUCCCCUACAUCAUAAUUCCGCUCCGCCGGACUGAGCUUUUUCGAAUAAAAGGCACAGGGGCAGAGUUUAGGUGGUGUGCCGGACCGUUGUGAAAGAACAGCCCCGAUACCGGCUUCAGACGCGUCCACCUCCACUUGGAAUGGUAAAGUGGGAUCCGGGUGCGCCAGCACUGGAGCCGAGGUAAACAGGUCCUUCAGUUUCCCAAAAGCCCUGUCCGCCUCAGCUGACCACCACAAGCGCACUGGACCCCCCUUCAGAAGGGACGUUAUGGGAGCUGACACCUGUCCAAAACCCCGGAUAAACCUCCGGUAGUAAUUCGCAAAACCCAAGAACUGCUGCACCUCUUUAACCGUGGUUGGGGUUUGCCAAUUACGCAUGGCUGACACACGGUCAACCUCCCUCCUCACCCCUGACGCAGACAACUGAUAACCCAAAAAGGAGACCGACUCCUGGAAGAACAGACAUUUCUCGGCUUUGACAUACAGGUCAUGCUCCAACAAUCUCCUCAAUACUCUGCGCACCAGGGCUACAUGCUCGACCCGGGUAGAACUGUACACCAGAAUAUCGUCGAUGUACACCACUACUCCCUGCGCCUGCAUGUCCCUGAAAAUCUCAUCUACAAAGGAUUGGAAGACUGAUGGAGCAUUCAUUAACCCGUAUGGCAUGACGAGAUACUCGUAAUGACCGGAGGUAGUACUAAAUGCUGUCUUCCAUUCAUCGCCCUCUCUAAUGCGCACCAAGUUAUAUGCGCUCCUGAGGUCCAAUUUUGUGAAGAACCGUGCGCCGUGUAAUGACUCCGUCAUAGUCGCAAUCAGCGGGAGCGGAUAACUAUAUUUCACAGUCACCUGAUUUAGACCGCGGUAAUCAAUACACGGGUGCAAACCUCCAUCCUUUUUCUUCACAAAAAAGAAGCUCGAGGACGCGGGUGAAGUGGAGGGCCGUAUGUAUCCCUGUCUCAGAGACUCGGCAAUGUAUGUCUCCAUUGCCCUCUUCUCCUCCUGUGACAACGGAUACACAUGGCUCCGCGGGAGCGCAGCUCCUGCCUGGAGGUCUAUCGCACAAUCCCCCUGUCUAUGAGGCGUCAACCGUGCCGCUCUUGUCUUGCUAAACACGAGUGCCAAAUCCUCAUACUCAGGUGGAAUGUGCAGUGCGGGCAUCUGGUUCGGACUCUCCACCGAGGUCGCCCCUACGGAAACACCCAGACAUAGCCCCUCACACUGAGCAGACCACCCUUUAAGAGCCUUCUCUCGCCACGAAAUAGUAGGAUCAUGGGUAAUCAACCAGGGAAGCCCCAGUACCACCGGAUACGCAGGAGAGUCGAUCAGAUAAAGCUGUAUCGUCUCCUCAUGACCCCCCUGCGUCUCCAUCCUAAGUGGCGCUGUGACCUCCCUAAUCAACCCGGAUCCUAACGGACGACUAUCUAGGGCAUGUACAGGGAAAGGAUUGUUAACCGGAAGGAGGGGAAUCCCUAACUCUACACAGAAUGUGCGAUCUACAAAAUUCCCAGCUGCGCCUGAAUCUACUAGCGCCUUAUGCUGGGAACGAGGUGCAACCUGUGGAAAACAAACAGGUAUAGUUAUGUGUACGACAGAAAGCUCUGGGUAAGUGGGGCGCCUACUCACCUGGGAGGACUCCCCAAUGUGUGGUCUGCCGUCUCCUCCACCAGGGGACCCUCCCCAGCACCUAGCCGCGGUGUGCCCUCGACGGCCACAGUUGGUGCAGGGGACGGCCCCCCUCGGGCUCCUUCUUCUCCCUCCUCUAGCGCCAGCACCUCCGAGCUCCAUCGGGCUCGGCUCGGAGGCGCUGGAGGGUGGAAUGGGCGACCCCCACCUGGGACGUCCGCGGGUAGCGAGCAGGGUGUCCAGCCGAAUGGCCAUGUCAACCAACUGGUCAAAUGAGAGUGUAGUAUCCCUGCACGCCAACUCUCUGCGGACGUCCUCCCGGAGGCUGCAGCGGAAGUGGUCUAUGAGUGCCUGCUCAUUCCACCCUGCAUCUUCCGCUAGAGUCCGGAACUCCAGUGCAAACUCCUGAGCGCUCCUCAUCCCCUGCCGGAGGUAGAAUAGAUGCUCCCCCGCCGCCUUCCUCUCUGGUGGAUGGUCGAACACUGCACAGAAGCGGCGGGAGAACUCCGCAUAGGUGAUAGUAGCGGCGUCUAUUCUCCUCCAUUCGGCGUUGGCCCACUCCAACGCCUUGCCAGUGAGACAGGAGAUGAGGGCGGAAACGCUCUCGUGUCCCGAGGGCGCCGGGUGUACGGUGGCAAGGUAGAGUUCCACUUGUAACAGGAACCCCUGACACCCGGCAGCGGUGCCGUCGUACGUCCUCGGGAGCGAGAGCCGAAUCCCACUGAGUUCCGGUAGUUGGACGGGCGGGCUGACCGAUGGUGAUGGUGCGGUAGGUGGGGGUGUGGGUACCCCGCUGGUCUCCCAUCGAUGGAGGGUGUUCAUCACUCGGUCCAGGGCGUGCCCGAUUUGGUUGAUUCUAUCCUCUUGACCACGAAGGCGCUCCUCCAUGAUCUCGGUGGGUGCGGGUGCUCCUGCUGAUUCCAUAUAGAUGGUGUGUAAUUCUGUCAGGGUUGAGUGUAGAGGGAACGUGGAAUCACACGCAGGACACAGAGAUUCGAAACCAGAUGUCUUUAGUGAAGUCCGUAGUACAAGCCAACACGGCAACAGGCCAUAGGCGAAAACAAACGCACACCGGACUGUCCAAAGUAAGUACGCACAACGUGCAGGACUCUCUAAGCAAAACGAAUACAGAGAGCACAAAACAGAGGACCAACAACAACACGUGACAUCGAACAAUUACACACAACACCUGACCAAACACAAGAUAACUAAAUAGGGUGCCUAAUGAACACUUAACAAUAAACAGGUGUAACAAACAGACAAAACCAAUCAAACAUGAAACAUCGAACGGUGGCAGCUAGUACUCCGGAGACGACGACCGCCGAAGCCUGCCCGAACAAGGAGAAGGAGCCGCCUCGGCCGAAACCGUGACAAAUACACAAAAGAAGAUAGUGUAAUAGUUUGGCACUUUUUUCUUUGUCUCUCUAUGACAGGCCUACAGUAGUAACCAGGCUCCAUAUACUUUGCACUAACAGCAGGGAUAUGAAUUAGAUGAUCCUCAGAAACACACCAUGCAUGUCUCUAUCUCUAAUUAAGUACCUACACUGCUAGAGAAGGUAUGGUGAGUAAUUACAUUCAUUAGCCUGGGGACUUCUCUUUAAAAGUGCUGCACUCACAGAAUGGAACCUCAUUGCUGUUUUGUCUGAGUUGGAUUACAGGCAGAGGGUAUGUGUCAUUCAUUUAUGAUAUUUCUAUUUUGAUGCAGUUAUUGUAUAGGCCGGUUUGGAUUUAUUUAAUGAUGAUGUUAUGGAAAUGUUUGAUAGCAGUCGAUGUUUUGUACGUGUCCUAAAUUUCUAUUUGUUUGUGCGAGCGUAUUCUUGACGUUUACCUGUCUUCCUUUAGUGCUUGUUUGAUAAUGCACUGCAGUCAUAUGAUUCAUGUUACCAAAUGGUAAUCAAGAAGUCAUAGGGAUAUAAUACCACAGAGACACAUAUGGUUUGUCAUGAAUGUAUACUGAUCCCAUUGCUGUCUCAUAUCAUUUGCUUUGGAAUGAUCAAGAGACUUAUGGCCAUUGACCAGUGUGGUGGUUUAUGUGUUUAAUUGGCUAUAUUAGGUCAAGUGUCUUCUGAGAUCUACUACAUGGUGUACAAUUACUGUACUACUGUGAACAUUGAUUGAGAUACCAUUUAUGACACAGUGCUAUUUUUUGCCAUUUAUUGUACAGUACAGUGAAUGUCAUAGAAGAGGCUAAUGUAAAGGUAGGACAGCACGCAGCACAUAUGUCCAAGGAUGACACAACCCCAACUCUGAUUGAAGCAGAAACAUAUUGGCUUAUUUUACACCAGUGACAUCAUUCAUAACCAAACCCCUUAAGAGCUAAACACUGAGGAAGCCACAGCUCAGCCCUUCAAGCACUUUAGGUCCGAACUUUUUCAAUGUAUUUUGUUCUGCUGGAUUCGGAGUCCAGCUCCCAGAAGGCUUUUGGACCACAGUGGAGUUUCAGUAGGAGCUUCUGAACUGAACGAACCAUGCUGCAGCAGCAGACCAGACAGAGUUUAGACACAGAGUUUCUCAAGUGCCAACCCAACCCAGCACUGUCCUAGCUGUCUUGUCUGCUUGGCUUCCCUCACUGCUGCUGCUUAGAGUGUUGCAUGGGCAGCUUUAAGUGAAUUUAGCUGUUUCUCUGCUGGCUGGCUCGACCUGCUUUAUGGGAGAGUGCAUAAUGGAGAUAGAGCUUUGCAGCUGUAACCAGGGUCUAUUUUAAAACCAUGCAUAUUAUAAUACAUGCAAGGAGCAGAGUGGACAAACAUGGAGUCAAUCAAUCAAGAGAUUCGUUGGACGUAUUUCACUUCUCAGGCUGAGGAUUAAGCAAAUCUGAUGUGAACGUGGCGUGCACUGAGAAUGCCUGUCUUUAUGUGAGGGGAUCGGACACAUUGUUACGAUCUAAUUUCAUCUGGUUUGAUUUUGUUUUGAUGGUGAAAAUGAGACACAGCGGGCCCUAUUUUCGGCUGGUUUUAAGGCGGCGCUAGUGUCAAACGCACGUUAGUUUCCAAUUUCGUCAUGUAAAAACUGGCGUACUGACAUUUUCCAGCCCUAACGCCAGGUUUGGCAAUUUACCUGUUUUAUAUCAGCUCGCGUGCGCUCAGAUGGGCAGGGUGGAAAUAUUUUAGGCUUGUCCUUAAAAACAUGAUCCAAAGUGCUAAUUUCAGGCAGCGUUGAUAGGGAUAUUUAAGACCAACCAAAAGCUGGUUAAAGCUGAAUUUUGACAGCAAAAGCUGAAUUUUGACAGCAGAAUCCAGCCUAUCCAGCCGUGACGCACACUGCCCAUAUGGGCACGGAACAAGAGUAGCCUAAUGUGCUUUUGGUGCCUGUAUACUUCAUAUUUAGAAACAUAAAAAACGAAUGUUUGUUUUAUUUGAUUAAAAAACAAGCAUAGCCUCCCCUCCUCUCAAUGUAGGCUUUUUUUGUCUGCCAAAUGCAAUCUCAAAGUAGUCGAUAAAGGGUUUGGCUCCUGAGACCACUUGGAAAUACAUCUUAAUCACCAAAGCUUUAUAAAAAAAUUAUCGGAGUAAAACAGUGAGCUGACAUUCCCUUUUUAUCUAUGCAUUGUAGGCAGGCCCACAUUAUUUUAGCCAUGCAGGUCCCGUUUUGGACGUGCGUAAAAAUCCCUCCAUGAUGUAGGCUACGUGUCCAUGCCCAACAUGAAACGAGAGAUGAGUACCUCGGUGAAUACCGGUAUCUGUAACCUAUAAAAAUUGCUUGUUUUCCGUUUCUUCUGUUCAAAACCUAAGCCCUCCCUUAGGCCUACUAUAAUGAAGGCUGGUUCAACAGCAAUGCCUGUCUUUUUUAUCCUGGCGAUUUUAUGAUAUCAUUACAUUUUAUAUUUAUUGGUUGUUAUUGUAAACAAACGUAUUAGAAUGAUUAACCUUCCUGGUUUUAUGGCGACAACGUCCGUGGUGCGCUUGGAAUGCAACUUCUGGAGAUGUGUGAAUGCGAUCUGAUCUGUAAGAUGGUUCCGGUUAUGUUCAUAAAACAUAGUCCUAUUUGGGAGCAGUAUAACGGUGAGUGGUCAUUCUCCGUUUCUCUUUAUAUUGGAUCUUUGUUUAGCUACUGGGAAAAGUUUGGAUGUGUGUAAAACCUUCCAUAGUCUGCGUUGUUUUAAUAUUAUAUGCCAACGGGGAGAAACUAUGGUGCCUGUAAGUGUGACAUAGCCUAUUUAAAACAAGGUAUUUUGUUUAGAAUUUUAUUAGAAUUAUUUGUUCUCUUUUUAGGCCUUAUCAAUAAUGAAUGUAAUCUUGCUUAUUGACAAUGUUUGGCAUGUCCUUGCUCAGACAUAAUGCAAUUUACAGUAUGCCUAGCCCAUAUAUCAGUGUGAAUGCUAUUGAAGCCAUGAAAUUGCUUAGAACAAUGUGAACUGCAAAUGAGUUCAAGUUAACGUAUUUAGCAAAGAUAGGUCUACAUAUUGUUAUUUCAUUUAUGUAAUCCAUUUAACAAAUUAUAACGGACUAACAUUGGAAUUGGAGUUGAUUCCAAGGCAAUACAUAAAAGACCGUAAAUACACAACUUGAAGCUACCACAUACAGUAUUUUGCCAUGGAGCAUGUUGUGAUUGGCCAGUGAGGGGCCAAGCCUCAACACACCGGCAACUUGUUUAUUCAUCAAAACCCAGCCCUUUCGCGCCAAUGCCAGCAAGUGUGCCGAUAAUUGUAAUAGUGAAAAUAGCAAAAAUAUUUCUGACACACCCCUGAACCUAUAGCGCUACUGCCUGCGCUUAGAUGUACCAUUGUGUUAGGUUUGUUAAAAUAGAGCCCAGCGUGUUAAAGAAACAAAAUAGACUAUACCUCUCAUUCCUUGUCUGAAAAAAAUAUUUGUUUCAUACAAUGUCACAGUGAUUCAUCAAACUAUAAUUGUGACACCGGUACAACUUGCCAGUGCUCCAGAAACGUCUCUAUUUGAUCUGUCCAUCUGACUUAACUACUGCACCAUACCUUUGACUGCUGAUCACAGUGAAUCAGACUAUAACUGACAUGCAUCAAUAGAUGAUGAUGUCCACAUUUAUGAGAGCCCAUGACAUCAGUAGCCUGAAGCCAGAUCUGUUUGUGCGAUCUUGCCAUCUCCUUGUCACUCAAUGUCACACAAACUCACAAUGAGUUGGGAAGAUGGCACAAAGAGAUCUGGGAUCAGGCUAAUGACAGGAGGCCAAUGUUAUUAACACCUGUUUGAACUCUGUUGACUUGUCUUCAUUGGCAGGAUCUCCACCGAACACUCUCCGAAGUUGCAGAUCCGGAGCCACAGCUACCUGCGGGCGGUGAGUGAAGUUUCCAUCAAUAGGAGCCUGGACACCCUGGACCCCAAAGGGCUCCUGGACCCCAAAGCGCUGCUCUCCUCUCCCCAAUACCGCUCGCGAAAUGAGAGUUACAUGAGGGCUAUGAGCACCAUCAGCCAGGUUGGUGCUCCCGGCAUUACGUCACCGUCUCUGGUGCUACGUCUGUGCAAGGGAGGAAAGUCACAUCCAGUCAAAGUCCAAUCAGCCAUGAAAUCAGCCACAAAUUCAUCUCUCCAGCGAUGAGAUGAAUUUUAUUUCAAACCAAUCUCAAUGUCAAUGUUCAGCCCUCAACCAUCAAGAGUCAACCUAAAGAGGUGAAGCAAAAUGAACCUGCCAUUCCAUUUAUCAUUUAUCGCCUCUCUAGAGUUUGAUACAGGAAAAAUUCACAGUCUGCCUUACAACCAGUAUAAUAAUCCUAGCCCACUGCCUUUAAAGCCGGUUGUGAAUUGUUUUAUAGUAUUAAAAAGAUAGCAUAACAGAAUAAAUUAUUAUAAAAAAUAAACCAUUAUCAUAUGACUUCCAUAAUGUACUGUAUGUCAUACACAUUACUUCAUGUUAACUCUCAGCUAAAUAAUAAUUUAAAGAUUGAUUAAAAGAUAAUAAUCAAAGUAUUGUACAAUAUUCUUAUUGAUGUUCAACUAUUCCAAGGACAUUGUAGAUACAAAUAUUUCCUUACAUUUCGGAGUAAACAAGUCACCCAAAAUGAGUAACCUUAUGCUCUUUGCUUUUCAUGUCUGGAAUUACAAAUAUAACUCACUGAACAAUCAUCUCCCAAACUAAAAUGCAAUAAAUAUUUGGAUAAAGGAUCAGUAUUCACCAACUGUUUCUUCUUUAAUACCCACCCUCAGUUAUCAGUGAAAAUCAGAUGGAAUUACAAAACAUCUCAGCAUUAGUCUUGCCAAAAGUGCCUCAAGCUCUUAUCUUUUUGUGUAGGAGUGGUAUGCUUUAAACCGUAUACAAACCCUCCUUAUCCCACCUAAACCUACAGUAUGUUAUUGAACCAUCUUAGAUGCUCUGGUUUUUGUCUUACCUACCGUCAGGCCCAUCCCCUGCAUCUCCCAUGAUCCUCUCUGUUUCUGCUCUGAUCCACUGCAAGACCCCUCACCCUCAUAGACUAGGGCUUUUUCUCAAUUUGUCUUUUCUUAAAGAUCCAAGGUUACUCCCCUCUGACCUUUUCCUCCAAUGUGUUUUGAAAAGCAGUUGAGGAGAGAGGAUGCCAGGAAUUGAGGAAAGACAUUGAGAAGGGAAUGCCCAACUCUGUUUUAGACCCUGAAUGAAACCUCCUCCUCAUCCCAAACAGUCUCUCUGCACUGCACUUGCUUGUUCUCCAAUUAACAUUGACCCUCACUCUCCCAUUCCCUCCGACUCUUCCUCCUCUUGUUACUGCUGUUUUGUGGUUACUCUUCUUCUUCUGUUGUAGUUUUCUUCCUUUACUUCUCCUAAUGAUUCCAGAUAUGUUUACUCUGCCCCUCAGCAUUGAAUGUUAACGGCUAUUAAACUUUAGGUAAGUGGCUCUUCUAUGGCUCGUUCCCCAGGUUAGGAUUAUGAUACUGAUAUUUGGAUGUCCGGUUGUGCUGCACCCCCUCUCUCCCCCAUCGUCCCCCUUUCCCCGUCCCCUUGCAGGUGAGUGAGGUGGAGGUGAAUGGGCAGAUAGAGCAGGUGUGUGAGCAGAUGUUCAGCGAGAUGGAGUCGCAGGCCAUAGAUGCGUUGGACCUUCCCAUGCCGAGCUGCUUCCGCAUGCGUAGCCACAGCUACGUGAGGGCCAUGGACCAGGGCUGCUCAGAGGAUGAGGGGACAUCCCUGCUGCCCGCCUCACCCCCCAUGACCACCACCACCACCACCGUCAGGACCAUCCAGAGCAGCACAGGUCAGUCGGUUUAUCACUCUUAUAAUACACACUGAGUAGUCACAGAUCAGUCUAAAUCUGUUGCUCUGUUUAUCUGGUGAGUCAAAACAUGCACUGCUCUACCAUAUCACUGUCCACUGUAGCAAAUGGAAGUGUAUUCUCUAACUACCACCACUAUGAGACCCUCAAGAGUAAAAACAAACACUGCUGUCAGCGUUGCACAGACCAAUAAAGGCCAAUGUCUCCCCUGGAUCGCCUUUAAUUCACACCACCACCACUAUGGAGACCCUCAAGAGCACCACAGGUCAGUGUUUAUCACUUUCACAACAUACAUUGAUCUACUGUACCAACACUAUUACAUUUUAGUCAUUUAGCAGACACUCUUAUCCAGAGCGACUUACAGUUAGUGCAUACAUUAUUUUAUAUUUUUUUCAUACUGCCCCCCCGUGGGAAUCGAACCCACAACCCUGGCGUUGCAAACACCAUGCUCUACCAACUGAGCUACAUCCCUGCCGGCCAUUCCCUCCCUACCCUGGACAACACUGGGCCAAUUGUGCGCCGCCCCAUGGAUCUCCCGGUCGUGGCCGGCUACGACAGAGCCUGGAUUCAAACCAGGAUCUCUAGUGGCACAGCUAGCACUGCGAUGCAGUGCCUUAGACCACUGCGCCACUCGGGAGUCCUAUCAGGGCAGCACAUACCAGCAAAGGUCAAUGUCAAGAAAGACUCUCUCCACAGCAAUACAGUAUGUUCACCUGACUCCUCAAACAUACACCACCCCCACACAGCACACUAUCAUAGCAGCACUAAGCCUGAGGAUGCUUGCUGUAUUUGUAAGCAGGAGAAGUAGAGCUGAGCCUGAGGCUUAUCAUCACUGUAUCUCUUUGAGAGGAGAUGGGACUUUUAUUGGUGCUAUGGUCAAAACAUGGCUGCUUGCCUGGUCCAGUCCAGCAUGAGGAACAUAAGCAUCUCUCCCUGGUAUAUUAAAUCAUUAUUAUUGUAUACAGAACAUUUUCAAUCAGAGCUGGUAUGUGGAAUAGGCUUGGAAAUGGCACUAAUUUCUAAAAUGUAGUUAAGGGAUCGGAAGAAAAUCCUAUUUUUAUGAUUGGUUUGCUUCCAGGCAUUGUGUAGAUGCUUACAAGCAAAAAACUCAUUUUCUGUAAUUAAUACAAUAUUAUCUGAGUUAGUGUGUGUAUAUGAUAAGGGCCUCUAAAAUCCACUGUUAUCAAGUUAUUUAUCAAAAAUAUUUUUAGAAUUUCACUGAAAUGCUUCAAAGGUCUUUAUCAAACGUAGAGACUGCCCCGUCAGAUGAGUCCCAGAUGUCAGUGCUGAUUUGAGUUGAACUUCCUGCGACCUAGUUUGAGUGUUCCUCUGGGAAUUCUUACAUUGUUAUCCUAGUGGCAAUCCACUGACAGCAAGGCUCAGUUUGACAUCCCAGGAUUAAAUGUUAAGAGACAUUUCUGUAGUCCUAGGAAAUGAUCAACAGGACCAUUUUGCCAUAUUCUAAAUUAAAACAACAAAUGUAGUUUGGCAAUAAUUGUUGUAUUUAUAGAUAAUCAUAAAAGGACAGUUACCAUGUAGAGAUGAAUGAACUGCUAAGGACAGAUCUAUCUGACUGAUGUUGAGUUGUCUUGUGGAAAUAAAGGAAGGAACCAUUUGCUUAUCUUCACAUUUAGCUCUUAAAACUUAGAAAGCUUCAGUACUGCAACAACAAAGACUUCAGAAAUGCAUAGUUGAUUAAAAAGAAGCUAGGCACAAUCUUCUGAAACAGUUAAAUAAUAAGGGCUUUAUUUGACUCUACCUCCAACUCUUUGCUGGUGCUGCAUGUCUGAAUUAAGAUGUGCACUCCCUGCUUUCCAUCCUGCUGAUCUGCGCCCGGGGCUAGUCAAGGCAGACAUAUGGGCUGGACCCGUAGGAGAGCUGCUUGGGCAAGUGGAGAAAAGAGAGAAAAAAAACAGGUUUUCAGUAUGAAAAAUCCUUUAUUUCUUUUAUACACACUUUUACUUAUUUGACUAUGUCAAUAUGUCUUUGUUGUAAAUGUUUUGGUGCCAAACUGGUGGCAGUUGGGAAAAAAAGUCAAUAGUUGGAAGAGUUGCAGAGUUAAUAAAAUAUUAUGCCGUUGUUGAUUGGAUACAUUUUUCAUUAAUUAGGCUAUUUUCUCUUGGACCAUAUGGUCUAUCCACUAGAAACUCAUGGACAAUAUGGACACAGAUGUAAAAAAUGAAUACUAUAUAUGAAUACAUUUAUUUUAAGUUAUUCAAGUAUAAAUGACCAAAGUUACCAUAGAUUACCUGUUAAUUACCAAAAUGACUGAAGACUCCGCUAACAUUGGUAAAUUAAAGGUAGCUUUGCAACCCUAGACGAGAGAACGUGUGGAGGGAAGUUUCUGGACUAGUUCAUUUUUCACGAUGGCCGUUGGGUCUGAGUGAAAACAUCAAGCUGGCAUUUGCGUCCCGUCCCGACUCUGCCGUCAGCACUCCACAACAUCUCUAGAUAUUUGAGCUGUGGGGGGGAUCAGAGGCCGCUCACAUCAGUUUGAACAUAAUGCCAAAAUCUAGUUAAAAUGGAAGAGAAUGGGCCUGAGAGUGGUAUUAUUUUUCAUUGUAUGUGGGCACAGAAGCAGUAUAUGUUUUUGUUGUACUCUGUACUGUACAGGUAUGUUAUUGUCAAUGCCAAUGCAUCAUACAUUUUCAUCAUUAUUUCUCUAUAAUCUGACCUAUGACGUCCUUGACCACAUCAAAUAAAAGAAAGAGGUCACCCUCAGUUAAGAUCCAGGCUAAGACAUCUAAAGCCCAUGCAAAUCACUUCCCCUUUCUGUGCUUUGACUUAUCUGCAUCUCUGAUAUCCUACUUUCCCACCAUUUAUAAUUUCCCCACACAUUUCAAAAGGCAGACAAGCCUUUAUAUAUUUUUUUUGAUAAUUCUGCCUAAAAAAAGAUAAUUCUAUUAAUAUGAACACAGGGCGACAUCCUUUGAUAAGCUUGUGUGUGACUUGAAAACAGCAGCAACAACAUCAUUAGCUGUUUUGUGAGGAGUAGAGACAGAAUAGGGAAUCAAAUCUGAACGUACAGCCCUGACAAAACUGUGUGGACCAAAACCUUUUCUUCACAAAACCUUGUGGACUCUUCUCCUAAUAACACAGUUCAACAGAAAUGGUCCACAAGAUUUUGUGAGGAAAGGGGUUUUGGUCCACAAGAUUUUGUGAGGAAAAGGGUUUUGGUCCACAAGGUUUUGUGAGGAAAAGGGCUUUGGUCCACAAGGUUUUGAGAGGAAAAUGGUUUUGGUCCACAAGGUUUUGGUCCACAAGGUUUUGUGAGUAAAAGGGUUUUGGUCCACAAGGUUUUGUGAGUAAAAGGGUUUUGGUCCAGAAGGUUUUAUGAGGAAAAGGUUUUUGGUGCACAAGGUUUUGUGAAGAAGAAGGUCCACAAGGUUUUGAGGCAGAAAUAAGAGAGCCAAGCUCAUCAGAGUGAGGCCCUGACAUUGGCGCUUGGUGUGCAGUGGAGGGAGAGGGCGAUCCUAGUGAUGGCUCAUCACCAUGGUGCUGUGAGAGAGAUUUAUGCACUGCUGUACGAGAGAGCGAGAGCGCGAGAGAGAGAGUCUGGCUAGCUAAUCCAGAUGUCCGCUCCAUGGAGAGGAGGAGAGAGAAAGGGAGAGUAGGACUGAUGACUUAUGGGAGAGUUAAUGGGGAGGAGUGUUGGUGCUGACAUUUAGAGGGCACCUCUACCCCUCGUACAUGGCUUUGAGUCUGGCUCCCUGAGACAUGCCAUCUGCCUCAGGGAAUGGAAUGGAAAGCAGGAGAUGGGCAUAGUUCAAAGUUGUAACUCAGGUGUCUAGGUUAUUUUAGGUGAAUGUAAUUUACAAGGAAGCCUUGUAUAAGUCAGAUAAAAUUGAUUCUGUUUAUCUGAUGAAGUAAAAGAAAUAAGCAUACCCAUUUCCAUGUGAUUCUUGAUUAUUUUUAAUGUCAUAUCUUACUAGACUCGUGAUGCCAUCUUUCCAAGUCUCGUUAAUCACAUGAGGAAGCCUGGAAAGCGAGGCCAUAUUUUUACAUACGGUACACGGCAGAUCAGAUAUAAAGCUUCAUAAUCCCAUGAUACUUGUGAAAGUGUUUUUCAUCCGUCCUUCCAUCCUUAGUAAUCUGUGAGACUGAUGUGUGUGAUUGACGUGUUUCCCUAAACAGCGAAGAUGAUGGGAUCCCAAGAGGCCCUUGGUGUGUAGCAGUGAGUGGGUGUGGAUGCUGCUACUGAGAGUAGAUAUGGGUGAUUGUACAUGACAUCUGUGUAAUACUGGUGCAAGCUAAGCCCUAGGACUCCUGCUGGCUCAUACAUACAGCAGAGGAGAGAGAGAGAUAAGGAGAGAAAGAGAGAGAUGAGAAGAAGAGAGGAGGGGAUAAUAUUACAGCUCAGGAGGUGUGCAGUCAGAGCUGUUACGAGAGGAUGUCUCCUGGACUAGGAGAAUAGAGUGUAGGUACUAAUAGUACUCAGUGUAGGGAUCGGUGUUUUGGGAAAGAGAGCACUCAAAACAGUAGCUGUUCUAGUGUAGUCUGGUGUUUCAGUGACAUUUACAGUGUUUCUACACUGCCAUCUAAUACAAGAGGCAAUGCAUUUACACUUACAAACUAUCUUUAAAAUAGUGACCUUCAUCUCCAACAAGCCAAGCAAGGCACUAGAAUACAAAUAGCUGUCAUCUUACCUUAGACUAUUAUUUCCUCAGACGCUGUUGUACUGUGUAAAUAACACUAGCUAUAGCCGGAGAUCUGAGUCAUGCGGGGCCUGUCUCCGUGCCUCAUUCCCAGAAAGAAGAUCACCAUGGACUGAGGUCAUUCCCAAGGCAGUCUGAGUAACACCGCUGGUGGAUGACCCAUCUGUGUUCUACGUCUAGAAGGCCUCAUUCACUCACCCUCCGGCCCUGCCCUGGCUCCUGCCUGUAUGUCAAACACUGUUAACCUCCAGCCUAGUAGGGCCUGAAUGAGCCUGUCUUUCCUUCCGCUGACGCUGCAUGUGCCAAAACACACAAGAGGGGUUCUGCUUCCACUCUGACCCUGUCGAGGAAUACUUGAAUAUUCUGCUGAAACUGUGAAUCAGUUGACAGCUACUUUCUACUGCGGACUGGAACAGAGGAGAGGAGAUGUAUAUGGGAAAACUUGAUAUACACGCAGAGUUUAUUAUUAGUAUUUUUUUUACAUGAUUAUUUGAAAAUUGUUAUCGAAUGGCAUUAGAUUCCUGAAUUAGAGGGUUUGUAAGCAUGUAACAUGGGAUAACAUCGGAUAAUCUCUACUAUGCACUGCAGUACAUGUUUAGCAGUUAGCACAGUGGCUUUAUUGAGCGAAAGAGGAUCCUUUUAUAGAUUUGUGCAGUGGUCUUUUAGCAGUUUUGAAGUCUUCUAACGUUUUUCUGCUUCACAUCAUGAACCAGAACAUGUACCAUGGAGAUCUUUAAAAAUAUACAAUACAUAGAGGUCGCCAUGUUUGUUGUUGGUGUGGUUGUUUUUGUUUUCCCUGUAGGAAGAUCCUGAUUAGAUCAUGGCGCAUAACACGGUACUUAGCUAAUGAAUGUUCUCUUCCCUGAAGCCAGAUGUGGAAUGCAUAAACAUAGACAGACGGUAUGACUCACAAGUAUUUACAUACUCCCACCUACACUACCUGCAUGGCUGAAUACAAAGAAAUAAGAAUUGAACAUAGCUCUCAAGUGCUAUAUCACACGUCCAUCUCUGUAUUUCGGUCUGUUCUUGUGUAUAAGGGAGGGAGAGAACACACACACACUUAGGUCUCAGAGACACCAAUAGUUUUUGCUGGCUAAAAGUAAUUAGAACCGCUGAACGUAAUUUGUGAACCGAGUGCGCACCGAUUUUACAUGUAGAAUCGUGUGGAAAAUGUUGGCAGUCAGACGUCUACAGCUGGUGGUCCCUAUCACACGGUGCGCUGAGCUAAUCGACAGACGAACGCUAGAUCCACAUUCGGUGCGAUGUGUGAGCCUUUAGGGAGGGAACACACAGAUCUGUGCUGCCUGUCCGUGAAAUGGAGACUAAUUAUCUGGCCGGGAUUGAUUAGUCUUCUUGGUAGUGUCUGUGUCAUUCACCCUGUCCUCUAAGACAGACCAGGGUUUAGUUGGCUCUCCUGGGGAGGCUGCUCUCCCUCUCCUGGCGACAACAACACAAGGCUACUCAUCUAAUCAUACUAAUACCCUUUCACACUACUAAGCUGAGCUGAGCCAAGCUGGGCAGUACUGGGCUGGUCUGCUUACGCAUCCACCAUAGAUGCUGGAACCGUACUGGAAAGAACAAUGUGAAAAGAAAAUAUCCAAGCCAGUUCAGGUACGGUUCAGGUCGGCCUUUUAAUGUGAAUCAGGCAUCAACGACCCUGGCUCCAUACGUGCCACUAUCCCCUCCACUGUCAUACACUCCCCUCCAUAUGUAUUUGGACAGUGAAGCUAACAUUUUAAAUGUGGCUCUAUACUCCAGCAUUUUGGAUUUGAGAUCAAAUGUUUUAUAUGAGGCGACAGUACAGAAUGUCACCUUUUAUUUGAGGAUAUUUUUGUUCAUACAUAUCUGUUUUAGCUUUUAGAAAUGAAAGCACUUUAUGUACUGUAUCUAGUCCCCAUUUGAGGAAGUCAUAAGUAUUUGGACAAAUUCACUUCAAGUGUAUUAAAGUAGUCAAAAGUGUUUUAUUUGGUCUCAUAUUCCUAGCAUGCAAUGACUACAACAAGCUUGUGAGUCUCCCCCCGGCCAAGUGGAGAAAAUGCCUCUGUGCUUGUCUGCCCUUCAAAUCAAAGUCCCAUAAACUGACUGUAGACCGCCAAUCAUGCUUUUCCUUUUCAGAGAACAGCCAGGGCCUCACCCAGGACUCUGAAACAGCAUUAGUUACCAUCCCAGGCAUAGAUACAGGCAGCAGGGCCAGGAGGGUUCCAGGGGCGGAGUGCAGCGUGGUCACUGCUACACGAUAAGAAGCUCCACAGUCUCAGUCACAGCUGGUGGUGUGUCUGUGUGCUCCUUCUCCCUCUCCCUGCCAGCCAUCACUCAUCAAAAGCAAAGCCAGACAGUUCAUUUCUAUCGUCAAAGUUUUAGAUGUGGCGAUGUCAAAAGAGAUUGUGUGUGUGUGUGUGAGAGAGAGAGAGAGAGAGCUUUGCUACCGUGUGGUCUGAGGGCAUGGUGCUAUUUAUUCAGUCCUGUCAGAGCAGACAGAACGUGGGGCUGGACCUAGACAGAGCAAAGUCUCUCUCCUGCCGCCCUGCAUGGAUCAUUCCUCCAGACACCUCACUUUGUUAGCUUGCCAUGGAAUAAAAUAUUGUAUGUAUUGGAGACACUCCCAAUAUUUCUCACAAGUGAAACAUUCAUUUAAGAACUCAUUUGAAAAUCAUUGUUCUUGUACAGUUGGACCUGUAUUGAUGUAGUUACUGUGGAUAGAAUUAUGGAGUUUGUCUCUGUGAUGUAUAGUCAAAACAGAUGCGGUGUUUGUCUGCUAAUUUGUGUUGCAUGAUUUACCAUCCCACAGUUCCGCACCCUAUGAGAAAAUACUCUGACCUACUUCUUAAAACAGGACAGUGGGACUCCAUGGCUGUUCCUUUGCUGUGCUUUCCCCUCUACCUUUGCAUGAAUGACUAACACUCAUUAUUUUGCUGUAAUUGCACAUUUUGUAAUGAGCAGUUAGCUCUUGGGUAGAUUAUGUAAGCCAUCACAAAAACAAGACAUCAUAAACUUUAAAAAGGAGGGUGAAUGUGGUAGAAAAAAAGAGAGGUGGAAAGAGUAGGAAUAAAAAAAACUUGUGUUUUAUUUACAUCUUUGUAUUAAUUGGCUCACAUACCUCUACCACUACUAUCACCACUACCUCUUUAGAUUUUAACAUGUACAAUGAGAAUAGUGGCCCUCCCCUGAUCACCUAUAGAUUUGACUGUAUGUAUGAGAACAUCAAAACCUGUCCACAGCGGGAGAGUAGAAUAUACAUUCCUACUUUGAUAUGUUGUAACUCUAUGACAUACUGCGUGUGUUAAAUAUCCCCCUCACAGGUACUUUAUCUCUCCCAUGGUUCCCCACAGUGUCAUCAUGCAUCACCACCUAUAAGAAGACCCCUCCCCCGGUGCCGCCCCGCACCACCACCUCCAAACCCUUCAUCUCCAUCACAGCCCAGAGCAGCACCGAGUCGGCCCAGGACGCCUACAUGGAUGGCCAUGGCCAGGGGAGCAGGGAUAGCCACCCGCAGGGAGACAUGACCAUCCAGUCAGGCCUGUCUAACUCCACGGAGAGCAUCGACAGCAUGAAGGCCCUGACGGCAGCCAUUGAUGCGGCCAACGCCCAGGUCCACGGCCCUGCCAGCCAGCAUGUUGCAAACAGCAGCAUCACCAUCACCACCACCACCUCGGCCCUGGCCCAGAUCACUGAGGACAGCAGGAAGGAGCAGGUCAGGCGGGCCAAGUGCCAGCUGUCCAUCGGCAUCCAGGUCUGUGUUAGACACUACCUCACAUCCACUUUUCAGGUGUCAUUUGAUAUUUUGUUUGAUCUGAUAUGGGAAUAAUAAGAAAUUGAUUAGUUGACACACGAGACAGGUUUUGAGAGGCUGGAUCCCCAUCCCAUUUCUGAGUUGACAGGAUCUACUUUUGCUCUAUACUGUCCUCUAGUGGCAGAUGUUUACAUCUACUUCACCCUGGUGUUCUGUAUAUUGUAGUGACUCUGAGAAAUAAAUGUUUAGUUUAUCGUUGAAUUCGUUUUUGGGAUAAUUUUAUGUCCAGGUGGACGGGCCAGAAGAGGAAGCUCUGGAGAUGGAGGACCAGUCCAAGUUCCAAUCAAUUGGGGUCCAGGCGGAGGAUGAGAGGGGGUGAGUCUCUCUCUCUCUCUCUCUCUCUCUCUCUCUCUCUCUCUCUCUCUCUCUCUCUCUCUUUCUCUCUUUCAGUCAGUUCAGAAUGUCAGUCGCUCACUGUUUCUUGCCUUCAUGACCUUUUGUGUGAAUGUCCAGAGAAAGGCAUCCGUUUACAAAUGAAGGCCGUUACUAAGUGAGUCAGGGGUUGCUGGGAGAAGCAGCCUGAGCCUAGGGUUGUUAAUGCGAUGGAACAGCUGUGCUAGCAAAACAGACAUUUGGAACUAUGGCCUUUCCUGCCCCGUUCCUCUGAAAGGGAAAUGGUGAGUGAGUUGUGUUUGUCUGUUGGCCUUGCAAGUGACACCUCUUCAGUGACUUCAGCUGAGUCAUCUCCAGCUCACCUGCGACUGCAGUCUGACGAGGCAAACCAAACGCCUUCACUCACUCACAAGAUUAUUCUCUCAUUUUUGAAACCGGUGAUAGAAGUUGGAGAAAUAAUCUGGAUAGACUUUAAAGUAGCUUACUGCAGCUGGUUUCGCAACUUCUGUCUGUUAAUGAGGAGCACUGACUGCCCACUACUGCAGCUUAGUCACACUAAAGACUGUGAGAGUUUGAAUAUGAAUCAGAGUGAAAUUAUUCACGUUAUAAACCUUAUUGUAUAUUUCUUCCUGGUCCUACGUGUGUUCUGCUCCACCCUAUGUGUUGUAUAGGACAAAUAUAGCAUCAAUAGUCAUCAGCAUCGUGAGACAGUUCUUGUACAGCUCUGCUGUGUGUCUGUAGUGAAGGGUUAUCCCUCUAAAGGUAUAGUCAUGGCUGGUGGGUGUUUCAGAGUAGUAGGAAUGCUCUGUGAUGACUGCAGCCUAGGGCCCCUUCGCUUACCUCACUCUGUGUCUCUGUACACCUCCCACAUUGUGACCUGACCAGCAAAAACUCUGUACCUUUUGUAUAGCCUUAAAUUAGGUUCUCCUGGCCAGGUCACCUCAGACUGAGCACUGAUGUAUGUCUCCCCCUGUUGGCAGAUACCGGCAGUUCACCCGCUCCAACAGUGUAACAGCAGCAGUACAGGCAGACCUGGACAUGCCUGACAUGUUAGACAGCCCCCUGGACUCCCCAGAAACAGACAUGCCCUUCUCAGGCUCUGUGUCCCGCAAGUACUCCCGCGAAGCUGCCACCUCGCCAGCCUCCGCCUCCACCGUCAGCAUCCAGGGCUCGGGCAACCACUACCAUGCCUGUACCUCAGACGACUACGAUGACGUGGGCUUCGACCCGUCCAUCCUGCCCCCGCCCGACCCCUGGAUCGACAGCGUGACCGAAGAUCCCCUGGAGGUGGUCCAGAGGUCCGUGUGCCAGAGGGACGGACGCUGGUUCCUCAAGCUGCUGCAGGCCGAGACGGACCGCAUGAAGGGCUGGUGCAGACAGAUGGAGCAGGACGAACAGGAGAACGACCUGCCGGAUGACAGUGAGUCUGGCCUAUUCAAAGGCACUUACACCACUACCUAUCACAAUUGUGUGAGUGCGGAGGAGGCUGGUGCUAAGUAGUUGUGCGUAAUUGUACUCGUGAUAGGUACAAUUAGACAGUCCUCAGAUUUCUCCCUGUGUGAUCUGAUCUGUGUUUACAUGAUCUUCCUCUCCACAGUCUUGGGGAAAAUGAGGCUUGCCGUGGGAAGUGCUCAGCUCCUGAUGUCACAGAGGUUCCAGCAGUUCCGGGAACUUUGUGAGGAGAACCUGGUGUGCGACUCUUCUAGUUCUUCAGUUUCCUUUUACUCCCCCUGUUCUUCACAUAAAAUCUGAGAUAAAACUCUGUUUCGUUCUUCCCUUUUUUACUGAUCUGGGAUCAGAACCCCAACGCCCGCCAGCGGCCCAUCUCUCAGGACCUGGCUGGUUUCUGGGACAUGCUUCAGCUGUCCAUCGAGAACAUCAGCCUGAAGUUUGAUGUGCUGCACCAGCUGAGGGCCAACAACUGGAAGCCCCUGGACCCCCCGGAGAGAAAGGUAAAACAGGAGCCCAGGACCAGCUAGUAUCUGUCUAUGUUAAUGGAGUCUCAUCUGCAGAACAGAGGUGCCACAGGAUAUAAUUCCGACUGGCCAAGACAUACUGAUCAUGCAGAAACAAAUCAGUAGCUUUUCAACUCAUUGCAUGAUCUAGUAUCGCUGUUGUAACUUCACGAUUAUUAUUUAUUAACAUACUGCAUCAAUGUUUUUCUUUGGUUUGGAAACAACUGACUUUUCUCUAGAUCAGUGGUCACCAACCUUUUCUGAGUCAAGAUCACUUUCUGAGUCAAAAUGCAAGCCGAGAUCUACCGCUCAGACUUUUAAAAAACAUGACUUAAACAUAAGCCUAUGCAACAUUAACCAAUUAAAAACAGUUCUGUAGCAAUGAGGUUUGUGCAAUAGGCUAUAGGCCCAAUACAUUAUCAUUGCAUGUUUGAAUUGCCCUGCCAAUGUUGUUCUUCUCAGACCAUUUUGAAAAUGUGGGUAUAUGAUCACACUGGUAUUUUUGUUUUGUUUUACUGGACUGAUGGCCUGCAUCUGAUGGUCAGUCUGAGGGGAGAGAGAGAGCAGCAGUGAGGCUGCCUCUCACCCGACUCACCAUACCUCCGCUCUCCCUCCCUCCACUGAGAAAAGGGGACUCAGUCUUUCAGCUGAUGUUGAAACUCAAGUCGCACUGCAUUAUUUCUGUAUCAUGCACCAAUUCAUGUUGUUACUCCUAUGACCAGAGAAAGUGACAUAUUCCUCGAUAUUAAAAAAGACACAAGCCGCUAAUAAUAACAAUGCAAGCUUAUCGGAACACUUUCCUAGAGGCAACUCCUUUUAAUGCAGCUGCAGUGCUGUUUGUAGCGUAAGUGAAAGUAGGGAGAACGCACAUUUUAUUUCUUAAAGUGUUGACAGUGGUGAAUAACAACUUAAACAUGAACUUACUCAUAAAAACAACAGCUCUUUGCUGUAUUCAUUGAGUCUCUCUCUAGUCAUGGUUUUUAAACCAUUUGAAAUCUCACAGUAUUAACUUUGCUGUGCGUUAGUCUUCUUUUUACAGUCUAUGGCUCGAUGAAACUGUGCAGACACAGUGAUCUGAGCUAUCUGAUUGGCCAGUGGUAGGCCUAUAGAUGCACUUGAUUUGCUCUCUGGGCCUGCUGGGUAGUUGGAGUUCUACCUUCAAAUGAAAUCAAAUCAAAUUUUAUUGGCCACAUGCGCCGAAUACAAUAGGUGCAGACAUUACAGUGAAAUGCUUACUUACAGCCCUUAACCAAAAAUAAAACAACAACAAAAAAAGUGUUGAGAAAAAAGAGCAGAAGUAAAAUAAAAUAACAGUAGGGAGGCUAUAUAUACAGGGGGGUACAUGAAAUAGUUAAAAAAUGGGAACACUUUGCCUUCCCGGUGCUAGGGCUGCUGAAUCAUGGGCACCUACCGCCAACAGUGCAGAAAAAUUUAUACAAAUAGGAACGCAAGGCUUUAUCGUUGGGUUUUUUAUGGAAAUGUUUGGUGAUCGACUAGGAAUGCCUUGGAGAUCGACCGGUUGGUGACCACUGGUCUAGAUGGUGAGGGUUUAUGAGAUGUACCGCAUACCUUUACUAAGUGCUUCACAUGGCAUGAACCACACAUUAUAACAUAUACGCCAUCAAUAGUUUUAUACACUAUCAUAUUUAUUCAGUUUUAUACACAAUCGUUUAACACAGUGAAAUACCUCACACCCAAAAGUUGAAUGUUGCCAAUUUUUCCUGUCAUUUGUUGUUUUAGCGACAGUAGAGUUGUUGUUACUGUACAGUAUCAUGGCUGUUGCAUUUUAUACUAUUGAUUUUCUGACCGCUUCUCCAUGUUUUUGUUCUGUUGUUCUUGUCGACAGUGAGCUGGUUUUGAGAAGUCAUUCCAUCUGGCACGCACCACGGGGCCUGACCUUGCUGGGCCACCGUACCUCAUGCAGUCAGUCGCCCCCCUCCCCCCCCCCCGCCGCUGCGUCGUGUGUGGUUGUCUAUCUGUAGUGCUAGCCAUGUGCUGCUAUAGGUGUACUAAUGCUGUCUACGCUCCUGUCCCCCCCCCCCCCCCCCCCCCCCCCCCCGUCCCCCUCAGGGGGCGGCUAACUGACUAUUUGUCAUCCCUGUUCAGGAGAGACGGAUCCCCCCUCCUGUGCCAAAGAAACCCCCAAAAGGUCACCCUCCCCUGGCCCGUGAUAGGUCCCUGGAGAGCUCAGAGAAGCAGCGGCUGGAUGCGCGCAAGCGCUUGAUGGCCGCCAAGCGAGCCGCGUCGGUGCGUCAGAACUCAGCCACUGAGAGAGCAGACAGCAUCGAGAUCUAUAUCCCUGAGGCCCAGACCAGGCUAUGAGCCCCGCGGCAGGCACACCUUCACCACUACACACACACCCUGGCUUACACUCACAUACACAGAUUCACUUACAUCACACACACAGGUAAACACACACAUAAGCUUUUAACGGUAUGGUUCCUGUGGGCACACAGACCUACUCCCACUGAUAGGUAAGUGCCAGGAUUUUGUAAUAUAAUCUCACUAACUCUUUUCUCUGUAGUGGGAAGAGAAAUGCCACCGGUAUAGUUGUUUCUGUUACAUAUUCUUAUCUGUCUCUCUCACAAAUUUGAUCCUGGUCUUGUUUCUAUCUAUGUAACAUAGAUCCUCGCUUGAAGAGGACUCCUUCGUGAUCCUUCUUUUAAAAAGUGUAUCACUUUUACCCACACCUGUGUAACAUAAGCCAUCAUCUUGCAAAAUGUAUAGCAUUCUUAAUCAAUGUAGACACCUAUUGAUAUCCUAACAGAAAGCAAAUAAGUAUGUUUAAGUAUUUGGUUUCUUUAGCUAUUUUUACUUUUACCUAAGCAUGGGCCAAACAGAAUCCCUUGCUUCAUGUCCCAUUCAACCUUCUCAAUCUUUUUUCUUUGAUUGUAACAUAAUUGGCAAAUGAACAGGGUAUAUUAUGCUUAAGCAAUAUUCAUUUCAAAUCAGAUCAAGUAAAUGUGUAAAACAACUGAACACUUUGGUUUUGAAAUCCCAUCUGUAAAGAUCAGAGAUUUUAGAUAAAAAGGAUGCCUUUUUUUUCCUGUAGCCAAUUCUGUUGGUUUAUUAUGCUGAUGCUGUCUAUUGUAAAGACAUAGUUGCUUAUUCUAGAGAAUCAUUAUCUGUUUAAACAUUUUAAUAAUUCAUGGUACAAGGACAACUAGAGACAAUAUUCUUUGAUACAUGUUCUAAAUUAACUAAUCCUGGUGAUUUCCCUUCUGUAUAGUCGGAUGGGUGUCUAAAGUGGAUUUGUAUGACAACUGAGGAUCUUUGUGGUGAUGAGCAACCCAAUAUGACAUAGAUGACAUACCCUAAAAACAUAGAGGGACACUAAAAAACAACUCUGGAAUGCAAGUUUUUUUUUUCCUUAACAAUGUCUUUCCAGUAGCAAGUUCAGUGGCUUAAUUUUAUUAGUAAACUGUUUCUCGGUAUGUUAGUUCAAUCCCAGGUGGACUCCUGGAAGGCCAUGUGACUGUCUCUGUCAAGUGGUUGAGCAGGCUUAGCUCUGUGUUAUUUCUCAGGAAGAGAUGGAAAUUCAGUCUGUCAAAUCAGGGUCUCCUAGUGCUGAUGGUGUGUGUGUGUGUGUGUUUGUGUGUGUGUAUUUGAUGUGUAUGUGCGCGUGCAUGCGUGCCGAUUUGUGCGUGUCGGUUUGUGUCCAUCAGUGUUUAGAGGUGAGUGUGUGUUUGAGUGUGGGUCUCUUAAAGUGCUUCCUAAUUUCCUCGUUUGAUAUGUUGGCCUUUCUUCAAUACGAUCAAGUAGCCUCAUGAACAUUCUGUACAUAGUCAAAACAACACUUGUACUUCAAAAUAGCCAGGUGUGUUUGUACAGAAAUGAUACAUGAGGAUGUUCCUGUAAGCAUGCAGACAAUAUUAGAAAUACAAAAUCUAUUCCUAAUUUAUACUUGUAUUAGUUUAUUUAUUUAACUAUUUAUUGAUUGAUUAUUUAGUUUUUUUACUGUUUGAAUUCUGUUUUAGUGGUCUGUCAUGCUACUCUGAUCUUAUGUUGUAUUGUAUAGAGAUUAUAUGUGCAUACAUAUGAACAUAGAAUAAAAUAACUAUGAAC